AUGCCUGCCAACACUCACCAUGCGUCAAUAAUUUCUUAUAAGUUGGCGCGCUACAGUCGUGGCACCCGAGCUAACGAGCCCGUGUUCCGAGAGAAACAGGAACUCUCCUACACCGUCCGCAAAUCGCUGGUCGACUGCGUUCGCGAUGAAUUACAGCAACUAUCACGUCGGCUGUUCUACCAACGCAUCUACAUACUAGCGAAGAACAAUUUGAAUGUAGAGCCCCCGUCGCGAGUCGAGGAAGCCGACUUCAAGAUAUACCUUCAAGCGGAAUUAAAACGGAUUUUAAAGCUCUUUGCCGAUGAUAGUAUUUCGGGUGAUAAGCCCACUGGGUGUUUCAUAUACAUGGGCGAUUACUCUAUACUCGUGUUUGAGUGCGUUGAAGACAUUGUCGGCGGCUUCUGUGCUCAUUUAAGUGCAAUUGCUGAUAAAUAUUUUCAAGCCAACAAAGUUUUCCUCACUGAAGAUCGCACAGCAGAGACUUAUUUUCAAGCGUUCCAUAGUCGACGGGCAGCACAAAUUAACAUCAAUGAAAAGUUUCCAGCCCACACAAUAACCGACAUUGAGCUAAUGGGACAACAACACUUGACGAUCAAGCGAAAAUUGCACGACCUAUGCGAAGCCCUGGCGGAAAAGGUGCAGAACGAACAGGAAGCCUCUAUUCACCCAGCCACAUCUUCGUUGAAAGGUACUACAGUUGCUCCAGGGCGUCUCACUCUCGAAGCGGAAGAACCCUUGCCAGCAAACAUAUUCAACAGACUUCUGCCCGAGGUGCAGCGCAUUGAACUUGUGCUGGCGUGUAACCGAUUCUACUGCAGCGUGCAACGUCGUGCCCUUAUGUACAAUCGCAUACCGGUUGUGUUGGAUACGGAUUUGCUACCUUGGCCCAUACCAUACAACUACACUCCGGUUGGCGUAUUUCGACAUAGCCCGUUCGACGUGAAUCUAACAUUUUCGGACUAUGGCAAAAAAGAUGAUGAAAAGGACGAUGUAAAGAGUAGCAGCUCAGAGGGAAGCGAGAAAAAGGGCGAAAAUUCACCAGAGUAAUUUUUGAAAUAGACUGGAGCAAGAUUUAACCAAAAGGCUUUGCUCAUCCAAUUUUUCUUCGCAUAUGUAAAAAUCUUGAAUCAA